AAAUUGGAAGCCCAUAUGGAUGGUGUGGAAAUGAACACCUACCUCUUCAUGAUGCAAGCCCAAGGCAUUCUGAUCCGGGACAACAUGAGAACAAUAGGCGCUCAGGUUUACGAGCAGGUGGUUCGGAGUGCUUAUGCCAAGAGGAAUAGCAGCGUAAACGACUCAGAUUAUCCUCUUGACUUGAACCACAGCGAAACCUUCCUGCAAACCACAACUUUCCUUCCUGAAGACUUCACCUACUUUGCAAACCACACCUGCCCCGAAAGGCUCCCUUCCAUGAAGGGCCCAAUAGACAUAAACAUGAGUGAAAUCGGAAUGGAUGCCAUUCAUGAACUCUUCUCCAAAGACCCAGCCAUCAAGCUCGGAGGUCACUGGACGCCUUCUGACUGUGUGCCUCGGUGGAAGGUGGCGAUCCUCAUUCCCUUCCGGAACCGCCAUGAGCACCUCCCCGUCCUGCUCAGGCACCUGAUCCCCAUGCUCCAGCGCCAGCGCCUGCAGUUCGCGUUCUACGUGGUGGAGCAAGUUGGCACCCAGCCCUUUAAUCGAGCCAUGCUUUUCAACGUCGGUUUUCAAGAAGCAAUGAAGGACUUGGACUGGGACUGUCUUAUUUUUCAUGAUGUGGAUCAUAUACCAGAAAGCGAUCGUAACUAUUAUGGAUGCGGACUGAUGCCAAGGCACUUUGCAACUAAAUUGGAUAAGUAUAUGUAUCUGCUCCCUUAUGCUGAGUUCUUCGGCGGAGUGAGCGGCCUAACAGUGGAACAGUUCCGGAAAAUCAAUGGCUUCCCUAAUGCUUUCUGGGGCUGGGGCGGAGAAGACGACGACCUAUGGAACAGAGUACAGAAUGCAGGCUAUUCUGUGAGCCGGCCGGAAGGGGACACAGGGAAGUACAAGUCCAUCCCUCAUCACCAUCGAGGAGAAGUCCAGUUUCUUGGAAGGUAUGCGCUGCUGAGGAAGUCCAAGGAGCGGCAAGGGCUGGACGGCCUCAACAACUUGAACUACUUUGCAAACAUCACAUACGACGCCUUGUAUAAAAACAUUACUGUCAAUUUGACACCCGAGCUGGCUCAGGUGACGGAGUACUGACAUGAGGAGAGAAUAUACGUUUCUUUACCCAGCGCCACCGAGAAAGCAGCCUGAUGAGACGUCUGGGGCUCCACACAGGACGAGAAUUACAAGUACAGUGUCUCAUGGAGGAUCACAGGGUUCCAGGAGAAAAUGUGAACAGAGCACACGCACAAAACGCCUCCACUGUUGGGACCCGCUGGGAUCGUGGGAUUCGGCUCGAGACCUGCUCUCAUCAGGACUAGCUUUCUGUUUUCUCAAGACAGAUGUCUGUCCUGCUGCUCUUCUCCCCCCGUCUCCGUCCCGUCUUAUCCACAACCUCCAGAACCAUGAUCCGCCGCGGUCCCGCCCGGCGUCUGUUCCUGCGAAUGGCCUUUGGCGCCUCUUGGCCUUCGGGGCAAAGAUGCAAACCCACCACAGGGCAGCUGUGUCUGAGGAAGAGCAAUGAAACUCCAUACACCAUUCUUCAUCUCUGGUGUUCUCUUUGGUUUCAUUUAAAAAAAAAAAAACUUAUCUGCUUUGGGUGGGGAUUGAGGGUGGAGUGGGAGGGAUUGGGGAAGAUAAAUAGACAUGUAACAAUCACUUCUUGAAGAAGUAUAAUUGUAAAUAAGCCAUGUAAAAUGCCUUUUUAAAAUUUAAUUUUAUAGCUGGCUUCAUUUCAAACUGAGGAUUUAUAUAUUAGAUCACUUAUUUGGUUGGCAAAUGUAGGAACUCCGUUAAAAUGCAGUGGAAGAGUAUAUGUCCCAAAUCGCUGUCAUUUUGGAAGGGAGUGGAUUUAGGGCAUGUCACAAAAGAACAAAAUAGUCCAAUCUUUGUCACCGGUAGCUAACUUCUGCCCCGCCCACCCCCUUCUUCCAAAGUCUCGCUCUUGACUCCCUCUGGUCACCCCUGUGGGCAGUGUGCGCUGUUCCCAGUCUCUGCUAAACUGGGGGCCGCUUUUUAUUAACAGCAGGCUGCUCUCCCUGCUCCAAGCGAACCGUCAGGGGAGGGCCAGGCAGGCUCACCCCCCGGGUCUCUGGACUUUGUCUUGUCCUCUCAUCAUCACGGAGAGAGGAUGGAUUGUGUCUUCUUUUUUCUUUCUCUCUCUCUACUUUUCUUUUUUUUUUUUUUUUGCUCUUGUGGAACGUGGUCACAAUUUCUGAAAUCUGUGCCUAAAUUAACUAGCUGCAGUGAUGCCGCCGCUGUUUCCCUUUUUUGGUUUCUGGACAGAUUCUUUGUCAACGUUGUUAACCUUACAUAGAACUAAUGAACUGUUGAAUGAUGAACUUAGCCAGGGAGCAGAUGACACUCGUGUGCUCUGGGUCCUCUGGGAUCCGGGUUAGACCAAAUCAGAGCUUUGAACUGAGAUGAACUGAGCUCCCGGAUGCAAGAGCCCAAGCGUUCCAGUCACAUCCCCAUGCGCUUUCUGAAGUCAGAUUCUAGAUGGCAUUUGACUUUGUGCCUCUGUUUUUCCCUGAGCCAAAUCCCUCAAUCCUUAGUCCCCGUUGGCUUCUGCAGAAUUCUGAAAAAUGCCAGUUUUUCCCUUUCCUUCUCCAUAAAACAUAUUUAUAUAUCGUGAUUGGGGGUACUUUCUAAAGAGUACUUCAUAUUUUUUUUAAUUGCCUUGUUUGCCUUCAACUUCCUUAAUUUUCAUGGUUUACAUGGAUGCGUGUGUAGGGGUCUAUUUGUGUAUACAUGUGUGGGUUGGGGUUUUUUGUUGUUGCAUGUGUUGGUUACAUGGACAUAUGAUCCCCACAAGCUGUGGGAGUGAUUGGCCAGGCUUAGUUUUUUGUUCUUGUUUUUGUUCUUUUGAAAAGAGUGGUAUUUAGAAAAUAAAUUGCAUUGCAAAGCUCUUAUCGGCUCAUAUGAGAGAGCAGGCCGCUGCCCUUGAAAACGCUGGUAAGUUGUAUCAUAUGUUUUAAAAGAAUUUGAGAAUUUCAUGCUUUAAAAAAGACCUUCACGAGGGAACAUUACACACAGACGCUCAUCUGGAUUUUCUUUGAUGUAUGGUGCAUAUAGCAAUAAAGAUUUCUUUCCCCUUUUCUCCACCCCCGCCCUCCCCCAGGGACUCCCCUCCCAGAUCUCUGUGCUGGACUUGGUGCAUCUCAUUCACCCUUCCCAUUUUCCUCCCUUCUUUGUCACUGAAAGCUAUGAGCUGCUUUCAGUGUGACAAAACUAUGAUGUCAUUUGGAAGAAUUUGCCGGGACAGACGGAUCGAUUCUUGGCAGUGUUAUAAAAUGAUCUUGUUUGAAGCUUUUUUAUUAACUUAUUUACCACCAAGAACCAAAUGUUGGCAGAAGGCUCACACCUGAUUUGAAAAAGGAAAGGUCCCUUUUCACAGGGUCACUUAAAUUAUCUUGCAGUCAUGUGUCAGUUUGUUUUAUUAGUAUGAAAUCUCUUACUGUGCACCGUUAGUUACUUAUCCACCAAGCUGAGUAUUGUGUGGGAAACUAAAUCGUUAAGAACAUACAGACAGGCCUGUGUGCUGUCAGUGGUGUGAAAUUUUCAUGUUAAAAAAGAAGAACAAUAAGAACCAAAUGUGACCUUGCGUAUAUUUUGGCAGCUGAGAUUCUUUAAGGCUACUGAUAGGCGACUCCUUAAAUCAUUCUUGUCUUUGAUUACUGUGUACAGGGAAAGGUUUUUCCUUUCACUCUGUUUUUUUUGGGGGGGGGAGUUAUUUGCAAAAAUAUUAAUUUUGCCAUUAAAGGGACUCCUUUGGAGUUCCUCUACCACAGACAUUAAAAGCUGAGCGACAGCCACAUGUAUUGAUUGUAUCCACUCACCAUUGACGAUGACAUUGAACGUAGCUAGCUCAUUUACAUCACUAUGUUUUUUUGAGCUUGUUCUUAUGUUUUAAGAGGUGCCAGGGGUACAUUUUUGCACUGAAAUCUAAAGAUGUUUUAAAAAACACUUUUCACAGAAAUAGUCCUUUGUCAUUACAUUAUUUACUCAUGUGUUUGUACAUUUUUGUAUGUUAAUUUAUGAAUGAUUUUUUCAGUAAAAAAUACAUAUUCAAGAACUAAA